CCCGACAAUCCAGCCUGGCUCAGCUCCGACAGCCUAUUGAGGCAAAGGCAGAAGCUCGUUCCAGGCCAGCGUCCAUUCUAAUAGUUCCUACACAGGGGAGUGCUACGCCCUCGAUAAAUACUCCUAUAUUUGAGAAAAGAUUGGCAACCAGAAGCCCAGAGACUCCGUCAAUUGUACAGCCAGCAAAUAUUUCGACGCCCAGUUCCAUGGUUCAUAAGAAGGAGUCUGCAGGAACCCAUAGUCGACCAGCUAUACAAUCCUCUUUCUCCGAUUCACCCAAUGCAGCUUGGCCUGGUAAUUUGCUUUCAGCCAGGGGUCUAGAUUACAAACUACGAUCAAGACUGUCCGAGCCAGCUCUUGUAAGAAGCGGCCAGAAAAAACCGUCUAGUGUUGGCGGGCAUCCUGGAUAUACCACUCCCGUACCGGUUACACCCCAAAGGCCUGUGACAAAGUCUUCGGUCUUACACUCAAGCCCGGUCCACCACCUAAUGCGCUCUGCAAAUACCGUGUCUUCUCGACAUUCCAUUGCGACAACAGAUAGGCAUGCUACAACCGGUGGCGCAUCUCAGAGUGGGGGUACGAGCCACAAGCUGGGAGCUCAGUCGUGUCCGAACCGAGUUGCAGAGCUUCGUCGUCUAUUUGACAAUGGCAAGCCCGUGGGACCAAAUUUAGGCCCGUCGUCCAGGUGGAAAGAAACAAGUGUUGCCGCUGCUCCCCAUUCGAAAUUUUCCGGCUCAGGGGCUCCUGUUUUUCGACUACCUCAGCUUGCAGGUCCAAAACGUCCCGGCGGACCUUUGUUCUCGCCUGUCAAGAAUUUAUCCGCCAAUGAGUUUGGUAAUCACUAUGGACACGGGCCUGGUUCCAACGAUGGUGUCUCCCCUGGUACAUCUCCAUUGAAACAAAAGAUCACGCUCUUUGAAAAUAUGAGCACACCAGAUAAUAUACACCAUUCGUCUCCCAGUCAACAGGUCAGGACAUACGAUGGCGCUAUCGAAGAUUCUGGCAGGAAGGAUACACCCCAUGGCGACGAUAGUCUGAGGAACAAAGCUAGCCAGAUGCUCCAUCCCAUCGGUUCUGCAAGUCUACUGAGAAAGCUUUCCAGGAGUCUAAGAAGUGAGACGCAAGACAACUCUAAGGAGCCCGACAUGAUCAAAGAAGCCGCGGGAACUAGCAGAUUUAGGAGACAAAUUGCUAAGUGCAGACUCCAACAGCCACAGUAUCCCAAGCCACCGUAUACCUUGGAAAACGCCGGACACAGCGGUACAGCACUUGUGCAGGUGAAUCAGGGAGACAAACAUGCCCCUGAAAGUCACAACGAUACUGCGAGUUACAUACGCCGAGUUACUUCAACGAGGGAGCCUAGUACUUCGUCGGUAGCCAAGAGGCUCCUUUCCAGGAGGAGCAUGCCGUUCUUCAAUAAAUCAGUUCACAAAAACAAUCAGCCUUAUACAAGGCCCGCAGAAUCUUACUCGCCCUCUUUCAGCGGGAGUGGGCUAGCCCCACCAACACCCAGCGCCAGAACCACAAACAGCAACAGCAGAUCCAAUGCAAGCAAGUACAGUUUCGCGGGCAACAGCACCAUGUCUGCGCCUCAACCGCGCCUGACUAAACUUUGCAACAGUGCCAGUUUCGUGACUGAACACAGCACUCAAUCCGCACCACAACCGCUGGCCGCAGAAACUCUAGCCAAGGGAAGGACGUCCAGCCUCAGACGCCGGUUUUCAUCAUCGUUGAGUCGUGCCAUGAACCCCUUCCGGUCCCAUCACGGCAAGAAAGACGACGACGGUGCUGGCUGGGGCGGACAGCCUGGACCGGGCGUAAGCGGUGGUCUAUCGAGGGCUGUGUCGGUGGCCAAGUGUGAUCUCGAGCAUCCUAGGCCCAUCAGAGGCUCAGAGAUGGGGCAGAUAAUCGGCAUGUUUGAGCAGCAGGAGGCCAGUGCCGGCUCUGCAGAGCAUGUGAAUCGUACUGGACAGGCGAAACUAUGAUGGUAUUAGAUGCGACUGAGCUGGGCUUACACAAGUGAUACCGGACAACGAUGUGUAUGUAAGUGCUAGUAAUUGGAUAUAUAAGCAUAGGAGGUAGCUUUCGCUUGAGUUUGCUGGUACAAGGUUAGGGCGUUACAUUCUCAACGAGAUGGUGAUGAAGCAGGAAGCAGAC